AUGCAGACGCCGGGCUACCAGCCCACUCCGGCCCCCUACCACCCGGCACCCUCGUACAAGCCGGCCUCUUACCACUCGGAGGCCCAGUUCAAGGAGGCGGCCAAGCCGUUCGCUUACGACUACACCGUCAACGACCACUACACUGGUACCAAUUUCGCCAAGACGGAGGCGAGCGAUGGCCACAAUACCCAGGGAUAUUACUCGGUGGCUUUGCCCGACGGCCGUGUCCAGCACGUUAAGUACGUCGCCGACAACUACGGCGGCUACAACGCUGAGGUCACCUACGAGGGGGAGGCCCAGUACCCCGAGUACCACCCCGCUCCUGCCUACAAGGCUGCCGCUCCGUCCUACCAGGCUGCCGCCCCUGCCUACAAGGCUGCCGCUCCUGCCUACAGGGCUGCCGCUCCGUCCUACCAGGCUGCCGCCCCUGCCUACAAGGCUGCCGCCCCUGCCCACAGGGCUGCCGCUCCGUCCUACCAGGCUGCCGCUCCUGCCUACAAGGCUGCCGCUCCGUCCUACCAGGCUGCCGCUCCGGCCUACAAGGCUGCUGCUCCGGCCUACAGGGCUGCCGCUCCGGCCUACAAGGCUGCUGCUCCUGCCUACAGGGCUGCCGCUCCGGCCUACAGGGCUGCCGCUCCGGCCUACAAGGCUGCUGCCCCAGUCUACAAGCCCGUUUACAAGCCUGCUUACAGCUCUCCCACCCCGGCAUACAAGGCUGCAGCAUACUAG